GUCAAAGCAGAAGAAGUUGGAAGGAGACUUUUACAGUGAGAGAACAGCAUACCGAAACCUCUCUACCAGAAAUAGUUGAGCUGUGAUACCGUGCAUAUUUCCAUAAUUUCACCGCUAUUCUGUCACACUAAGGUUUCGAAAAAAAAACAAUAUGUCGAAGCCAAUUGCAGUUCUUCUGAUAUGUGCUUUCACCGUGAGUGUUGUUUUAGCAAAACCAGCGGGUAAUGAAUUGGACAAUGUCUCAGCCGAUGACACAUCGCUCAACGCAGUGGAUAAUUUGAAAAAUCCAGAAAGCAACUCCGUGAGUCCCGAUGCCAAUCAAAAUAGUGCUUCUGUGCAGAUAACAGGAAUUAGCACGGGGAUUUUAGACUCACCACCUUCCAACAGUGACACGAAUUUCAAACCACAGCGAGCUGGGACUAUGUUCGCAAGAUUCAUCGAUGAUAUUUUCAACAUUCCCAUCACUGUUCUACAAUCGGUUGCAAAACUGAUUACCAAUCCGUUCAAUACGAAGAGCCAGACUCCAGAAAACCAUUGAUUUUGUAGUUUUGAUUGUUGUAUAGUCCCUUCACAAAUGUUUUAUAUAUUUUUGAUAUUGUUAUUUUCAAAGUAUACGUGUAGAUUAAGAGUUUCAAAUUAUAUUGAAUCGAUAUAUAGUUGGUUAGUUCCAAUUUUUGUAUCAUAGUUCACUCAGUAAAACUUCAUUCUGUUAUUCUCGUUUUAAAUUCAAUAAAUAAAAUUGGAAAAUUAA